GCAGAAGCUUUACAACAUCGUACCGCAGCCCCACCACCGCCGCACCAUCCUCGGCUCUCAAUAAUCGUCCAAUACAUCCGAAGGGAAAAGAUCUCGCCCAAAACAAAGUACAAUGGGUGCCUUUUCCGACGUUGUUGGAUCCAAAACUAGCUCGAAAAAGCUCAUUAAUCUCCUAAAAGGAUGGCCGUCAUUGUCGCUGCUUCCCACGCAGUUACUCGACAAAGCGACCCACAAUGUGCUCAAACACAAGUCUAUAGCUUUCCCAGCUCUGUGCUACGGACCCGAUGCCGGAGACUCGUUGCUGCGUAGGAAUGUCGCGUCCUGGCUGACGAAAUUCUACCAGCCUGUUGAUCCAAUUUCCGAAGAGCGGAUAUGCAUCACAGGCGGGGCUUCGCAGAAUCUAGCCUGUCUCCUCCAAGUCUUCACCGAUUCUGUAUACACAAGAAAUGUAUGGAUAGUAGCGCCAGCAUACAUGCUAUCCUUUCGAAUUUUCGAGGACGCAGGAUUUCAUAAGAAACUCCGAUCCGUCCCUGAAGACGAUGAAGGCAUUGACAUCGAGUACCUGAAAAGAGAAAUUAGAAGAAGUGAAGACAAAGCGAAAGACGCCAACAAUAAUGAACCGCAGUUCAAGCCUCAGCGAUCUUGGGGUAAGAUUUACAAACACGUCAUCUAUUGUGUACCGACGUUCAGCAAUCCCUCGUUUAAGACUAUGAGUCUCAGAAGAAGAGAGGAGCUAGUACGUCUGGCGAGAGAGUAUGACGCUCUUAUUGUCACCGACGACGUAUACGACUUCCUACAAUGGCCGUCUAGUCUCACCCCUCGAACCCUUUCCAUAGAUAAAGCUGAAAUGCCUCGGAUUGUGGAUGUCGACAGGUACCUCGAUGGCGGUGCGGAGAGAGAGGGCGCAGAUGGCUUCGGCAAUGCCGCUUCAAACGGUAGCUUUUCGAAGAUUUGCGGUCCUGGUCUUAGGACAGGUUGGUGCGAAGGCACGGAAAAGCUGUCGUACGGGGUGUCACAGACAGGCUCGAGCCGGUCAGGCGGAUCACCAAGCCAGUUAACCGCUUGCUUUGUAGCCGAGACACUGGAAACUGGAGAAUUGCAGCGCUUCGUGUUCGAGGAACUGCAGCCAGCAUAUGGCAACCGAUAUCGUCGAAUGGUGCAAGCCAUCAACAAAGAGCUGAUUCCACUCGGCGUUCACGUUCCCCAAACGGAUCGUGAGGUUGUGGGAGGAUACUUCAUCUGGCUGACGUUGCCCGCCCCGUUGAAGGGUGCCGUUCUUGCGCAACGCGCGAAAGAUGAGGAAAAUGUUGUGGUAGCGCAGGGCGAGAUUUUUCAAGUCCCCGGCGAUACCGAACAACCAGGCACUUACUUCAGUAACCACGUCAGGGUGUGCUUCGCGUGGGAAGACGAAGACAUGCUAGCGGAGGGCAUCGAGCGCUUAGCACAGGUCAUUCGUAGGAUGCAAAAUGAGGAGACCGUGGGCGACUCCAGUGCCCAACCUGCUACGGCAGAGGGGGACGCGAAAGACUAUUGGUAAGUGCUUUGGCGAACAAUUUCUCCGGCCACUUUGCAGGUGCUAUUCGACUGUGGAGAAUUUGUUGACAGCUGGCUUUCACCGUAUCGCGAACCAGUCGCAAGUUCAUAUCUCUAUAAUAGGGGUUUUUUAGCUAAGAGACUUCAAUAUAGCCUCGCUGAUGAUCCACA